GGGAAAAACAGAGAGGCGCAGGGCAUUUUGUGCACUGCCGCCGCCGCCUCUCCAAACUGUCCUACCAUCCACCUUUGCAGGAAAAUCUCCAUCCAUGCAGUCGGGACACACAGCUUUCUGGGCGGAUUUCCUAAGGAUGAAAUUUUUUAGGGAGAAGGAGGACAAGGGACUAAGUUGUGAUCAGUAUCUGCCCGCUUCUGGGCUGCAUCCACUUUGUUUUUAGACUUCCUUUCCGACCGAUCAUAUCUACUUCUCAUUUCUGCACAAGGUGGAAUGUGUUGUACUUUUUUUCUGCACAAGGAGCUUAAUUGUUCUGAUUGCUCGUUGGCUGCUUCUUGUGGGGGUGUGGAGCUCUCUGGUGCACUUCACGCACGCUCUCAUGCAUGCACUGCAUUUUCCCAGACAUGCACCUCCUUCCUCCGUAGCUUUCGAUCACAGUUAAACUCCGUCAUCUCCAACCCCUCCAUCCGUCCCCGGCCACUUCAUCUCUGACAUGCACAAUAAGGCGGGAACGCACUAAGGAGACGUGCUCAGAAAAAACAUUCCCGUCUAAAAGAUGAGAGGAAUCGUCCUCAGUGGAUCUCUUGUCGGACACCGGGAUUACGAGCAGAGGGUCUGUCCGGAGGGCACGGGGGAGAGAGGACAGCAAGAGGCUGGGGAGGGGGCGCUCUCAUCCCCACUGCGUUCCACCGAGCUGCCGAUGCUGCCGGCACUCAGUCAGAAGCAGUCUGCUGGUGCUGGAGGGAGGCGGGGGGAGGAUGAACACUGCCUCAGUGUGAAAUUAUAACAGUCAGCCCGCUCUGGGAGUGUUUGUUUCUCUGUCGUUUUACCUCUCACUAAUUAAUCUGAGGAUGCGAGGUAACGAACAGUGGCCUAUUUAAAACUGUCAUCGUGCGUACACUUUGCGGUUUGGCACUUUCAGGCCACAUCAGCAGUAAAUUUAGCACUUUAGAAAAGCACAGGCCCACAGUUGGGAGUUUACCUUUGCAGUGACAGGACAUCCUUCCACCAACAGGUCACUCUGUUGGUGUGUUUAUAUGUGUGUGUAAGUUUGUGUUAGUCUAAUCGUUUAACUCAGUAGGAAAAAAAACAACUUAUAAUCUUCUUAUAGGAAUGUUAAGUGAAUCUGUGAUUAUUAUAUUGCGCCUAAUUAUAUUUUGUAUGUAUUAUUCAACCAAGGAAAUGCAAUCUUCUUAAUAAAUAUAUGCUACAAAGGAAUUUUAUGGGAUGCUUGUAGAGUAUUGGACCUAAAUAUUCAAAAAUCUUGAAGGAGCCCUGAUUAUAGGUGCCUUUAUGUUAAAUAAUAAAUUUUUUAUCCAUCUGCCUAUUUGUCCAUGAAAUAUUUAAAGGUCAUGGACUGAUUUAUUUAUACAUUUUGCACCUUCUGAAGCACUGAGCUUUUGUAGUGAAAUUGCUUUUUCUUUGCUCUGCUUCACUUUAAGAUCCCUUGAUUCCUCUCUUUUGUUCAGGCUGACUUUUUGAGCAAUACUUUUCUCUGUGGAACUUUUUUCUAUGGCCUUAUAAACCCACCGGAGGAUGUUUCAGCUGCUUCAUCAGACCGGCCUGUGUUUCGUAACACCUGUUGGCAGGUGCUGAUUGCAGACACGCUCAGUUAUUUAUAAGACGUCUGUAUCACUGUGCGCUUUCGGAGCUCAGAACAAUCAGCAGCACUUGACGGGAUGUGAGACAAUCUGCAGAACCGAACAAGUUCUGAGCCGAUGAAUAGAGACUGAGGCUGAAAUCAUCUUCUGCAUACAGAGGAGUCUCAUGCAGUAAGCUGGAGGCUGUCUGUACAAGUUUGGACAAAAAGCACAAGAGCCCCACCUGAUCUAGAUCACCGAGCCCGGAGGAAGAGCAUAGCCACUGGGAAGCAACCCAGCAUGGAGGUCCCUCCCACUGCCCCCCUUCAACCCUUCCGACAAUCCGUGAGUAACCCUCCCUAUCCUCGGCCUCGCUCGCUGCCUCCGUCCCUCUCGCUCUCCCUCCUCCCUCCUCCCGCUUUCGGCCCAUCUCAAACAUGUGGCAGACGGGUCAGCGGCACCCCGCCUCACCCCUUCCCUCUGUCCCUGGCCGUCUCCCCGUCCAUCACCUUUUGCCCGCCAGUGCAGCCGCAGAAAAAGGGCUCCAAGAAAGGGUCGGCCACGCCCCCGUUGCCCCGCUCGCUGCCUCUCUCUCCCUCCCUAUCCUUCACCCUGCCGCACUCGCCUGCCGCCUCCUCCUCCCCUCCCUUCUUGUACUGGGGAGGAGACUGGAGGGCUGCCGGUUCAAGUCCAGUGGCGGGAGGAACGUUUAUUGAACCGCUGCCCCCUGUUGAGAGUUUCCUCAGUAAGAGGUUGAAGGGCUCCAUCAAGAGGGCUAAGAGUCAGCCGAAACUGGACCGAACGAGCAGUUUCCGCCAAAUGAUCCUCCCCCGCUUCCGCAGUGCCGACCAAGACAGGACCCGUUUGAUGCAGAGCUUCAAAGAGUCCCACUCCCAUGAGUCCCUGCUGUCUCCCAGCAGCGCUGCCGAGGCGCUGGACCUCACACUGGAUGAGGACGCCAUCAUCAAACCCGUCCACUCCAGCAUCCUGGGACAGGAGUACUGUUUUGAGGUGACAACGGCGUCAGGAACCAAGUGCUUUGCGUGUCGCUCAGCCGCAGAGAGAGACAAAUGGAUCGAGAACCUGCAGAGAGCUGUCAAGCCCAACAAGGACAACAGUCGGAGGGUGGACAAUGUGCUGAAACUGUGGAUAAUUGAAGCCCGCGAGCUCCCAGCUAAGAAGCGCUACUACUGCGAGCUGUGCCUGGACGACAUGCUGUACGCCCGCACCACCAGCAAGCCCCGCACCGACACCGUCUUCUGGGGAGAGCACUUCGAGUUCAACAACCUGCCGGCCGUCCGCAACCUCCGCCUUCAUCUGUACAAAGAGACGGACAAGAAGAGACGGAAGGAAAAGAGCACAUACCUAGGAUUGGUCAGCAUCCCCAUCUCGAGCAUCACCGGGCGGCAGUUUGUGGAGCAAUGGUACCCAGUCAUCCAGCCCAGCGUUCUCACAAAGGGAGCCGGCGUCGGAGGAGGGAAAAUUAUCAAUGCGUCGCUUCGCCUCAAGUCCCGCUUCCAAACCAUGAACAUCCUGCCCAUGGAGCUGUAUAAAGAGUUCGCCGAGUACGUCACCAACAACUACCGGACCCUGUGCGCCGUGCUGGAGCCCGUGCUGAGCGUGAAGAGUAAGGAGGAAGUGGCCUGUGCUUUGGUGCAUAUCCUGCAAAGCACAGGGAAGGCGAAGGACUUCCUGUCUGACAUGGCCAUGUGUGAGGUAGACAGAUUUAUCGACCGAGAACACCUUAUAUUCAGAGAGAACACUCUGGCCACCAAAGCCAUAGAAGAGUACCUCAAACUGAUCGGACAUAAGUACCUCAAGGAUGCUAUCGGGGAGUUCAUAAGGGCCUUGUAUGAGUCAGAGGAAAAUUGCGAAGUGGACCCUAUGAGAAUACCACCCUCUGUGCUACCAGACCACCAAGCCAAUCUUCGAAUGUGCUGCGAACUGGCUCUCUGCAAAAUUGUUAAUUCCCAUUGUGUUUUCCCUCGUGAGCUGAAGGAGGUUUUUGCGUCCUGGAGAGUGCGUUGUGCCGAGAGGGGUCGGGAAGACAUCGCUGACCGCCUCAUCAGUGGAUCGCUCUUCCUGCGCUUCCUGUGUCCCGCCAUCAUGUCCCCGUCACUUUUCAAUCUCACCCAGGAGUAUCCCGACGAGCAGACGUCACGCACGCUCACUCUUAUCGCUAAAGUAGUGCAAAACCUCGCAAACUUCUCCAAGUUUGGCAAUAAGGAGGAGUACAUGUGUUUCAUGAAUGAGUUUUUAGAGAUGGAGUGGGGCUCCAUGCAGCAGUUCCUGUACGAGAUCUCCAACCUGGACAGCGUCAGCAACGCAGGCGGCUUUGAGGGAUACAUCGAUCUGGGCAGGGAGCUGUCGAUCCUGCACAGCCUCUUGUGGGAGGUCAUGGCUCAGCUCAGCAAGGAUGCCAUCAUCAAGCUGGGCCCUUUGCCCCGCCUCUUGAAUGACAUCAGCAUGGCGUUACGUAACCCUCACCUCCAGAGGCAGCCGAGCCACCAGACGGACCGGGUGCAGGACAGACAGUCGGACAGGCUGCUGUCUCGACCAAGCUUUAACCGAGGAAUCUCAUCAGAGUUCCAGAAUCUCAUGAUGAGAGAUUUAAACAGCUCCAUAGAUAUCACUCGUUUGCCUUCCCCUACUUCCACCGGAGGGGUCAUGCCAUCCCGCGCCCAGCUGAGCUUUCAGGACCGCGAUCACCCUCAUCGAGCCUCCAAAGACAUGUUCUACGUGUCUCGGCCGCCUCUGGCCCGCUCCAGCCCGGCGUACUGCACAAGCAGCUCGGAUAUCACAGAACCAGACGCUAAGGAUUCCCGAAUGAACAGCGUGUCUAACCUGCAGUCGGUGGACAUGCUCAACUCCUCCCAGGCCUCCAUCGCCGGUAUGGGCAGCUUCGGUGGGCUGAGCAGCGGAGGCGGUGGCGGCCUGGGGUCGGGCCUGAGCAGCCAGCUGCGGGCCGGUGGGAGGUUGUCAGCUGGCUCCGGCGGCUCCAGCAUGUCAGGCGGCCUCCGGCUGAGCCAGCUGAGCCAGAUGGGCACCACCACCGACUCGCUAUCCCAACAGCAGCAACACCAGGCCGCCGCCAUGCGCUACCCGCUUUCCUUCCAGAAUCCUCUCUUUCAUCUGGCGACGGCUGACGGGCCACAGCAACAGCUCCAUCACCAGCACAGCCGAGCUCAGCCCCCAGCGCCCCUGCUCCUGGCCCCCGACCCCGAGCCCUCUCACCAGGCCUACAUCCCACAGUUCGCCCAUGGGGGGUUCUCUCGCAGUGAGGAUCUGUCCACGCUCAGGACCCGGGAUGGUCACCUGGGCCAGCCCAGCAUAAUCCACUCGCACAGCUACAGUGACGACUACAGCAGGGCUGAAUACGGACGCAGGCAAAUCUCCAUGCAUAUGCAGGAUAACCUCCAUCAGCAACAUGAAAUGAUGGGAAUGGCCUCCCAGACUGGAACGUCCCACUCCUCCCUGGCCACCACUCCUCCCUCCACCGUUCAACCGAUGCGGCAGAGCUCUGUUGCUCCGCCUCCCACCCAGCGUGUCAAGUCCCAGACUUCCCACCAGCUAUCCGUCAGUGCGGCGGCCGCGCCCGUCGCCUCCAGUAAAAGCCGUCCGCAGAGCGGGAACCUCCUCCAGUCUCCAGAGUCUGGCUACGGCGGCAGGCAGCACGGGCCCCGGCAGCUGUCGGUCAAAGACAACACUGCCCCGGGUCUUCCCCACCAGCAGAGCUCUGUCAGGGAAAGUGGGAGUCCACAAGGGACCACCAGUCAGAGCACUCAGCAGUCACCACAGCAGUCUCAACAGCACCUUUUAAAACCCACCAUGAGCAAACAGGGCUCCCAGUCACCUACCACCCUCAAUCCCCCGACCCCAGCGAACGAGCGAACGGUGGCCUGGGUCUCCAACAUGCCUCACCUGUCGGCCGACAUCGAGAGUUCACGGAUUGACCGAGAGGAUUUCAAGCUCAAGGAGUAUUCAAAAAGCAUGGAUGAGUCGCGCAUGGACAGGGUCAAAGAGUACGAGGAGGAAAUCAGCUCUUUGAAGGAGCGUCUACUGAUGUCUCACAGAAAGCUGGAGGAGUACGAGAGGAGGCUCCUAACGCAGGAGCAGCAGACCAAUAGGAUCCUCCUGCAGUACCAGAACCGUCUGGAGGACAGCGAGAGGAGGCUACGACAACAGCAAGUGGAGAAAGACUCCCAAAUUAAAGGAAUAAUUAACAGACUCAUGGCUGUGGAGGAUGAAAUAAGGGGAGGAGCCAUUUAUGAGCCAAAAACCAGGAUUUUCGCUGAUCAGGAGGACCAGCUUUCCUCCCUGGGUUCAGCAGACCCCGGUGUGAAAACUGAAGGUGGAGGGGGAGGAGGAGGAGGAGAACAAGGAGGAGCGGUCACCAACGAUCAAGGCCCCACAGUCUCUUCCUCUGGCAUUUUCUCCAACACAUCGCCCCACAAUGGAGUCCUCCCCCAAAUUGUAGACCUUCCCUCCUCACCCACUCCUGAUUCACAACUUAGUCAGAUUGAAGAGCUCCGUGGCAAUCUAAAGACAACUUCACAGGCAACUGGAACCACAGCAACGGCAACUACGGGAAUCGCAGAUUAAAGGGGGGAGUAGGUCAAACACAACAGCGAGGAGCCAAAUCAGAGAGAGAUGGCACAAAGGAAAAAAAAACUGUACCCCCACUACUGUUUUGUUUCAAUUUUAUACAAAAAAAGACACUUUCUUGAAAACAUACAUGUGUCCUUAUGACCUGGGCAAGAGAGAGAAGAACACUGUGAGGGAGAGAAAUAAUAAUCACCCUGUAUGAUGCAUAACACAUUAACACUAAGGGCUCUUCAAUGGACUUGAUGCUCACAUGGAGCUUUAGAUAGUAUUGGUCUUGCAGGACAAGAUCACCAUACUUUGCACCUACUUUGAGUCUGUCACAGAAAGCAACCUGCUAUUUGAAUCCCUCGCCUCUUUGACUGCAUCACGUAAAGGUUGAGCACUAAACUCUUGCACCCCAAAGACUUCAGAGUAGCCUUUAAAAAAGGAAGCAGUACAAGCUGUAAACCCAACGGAGCAGCAGUGCCUUUUAAAAGUAUUCAUACUCUUUAAACCUUUUUCUAUUUCAUUUUGUCACAACAGCAGACUUAAAUGUGUUUUUCCUGAAAUUUUAUGUGACCAACACAAAGUUGAGCAUAAUUGUGAAGUCAAAGGGGAAGCAGACAUAUUUUUUUUAAUAUUUCAGAUCGAUUUGUAGACAAUCAAAGUAACCAGAGUUACUGUUUAGCAGAGUCUGGUGGAACAUCUCAACCAGCUUUGCACAUCUAGAGAUGAAGGUUGUUGAGAACAUCUGUGAACGUCAGCUUUUAAGACUAGUCACAAUUUCUUAGAGUCUGGACUUUGACUACACCAUCCAACACAUGCCUUUCCAUUUAUGCUCUGGCUGUAUGCGUCGGGUCGCUGUCCUGCUGGACGAUGAACCUCGAUGCAUGAAACCCAAGAUCAAAUUUAGUCUGACCAGAUCCAAAUGUUUUCUGUGACCUUUUCACGGCUUCUGUCAGUCACUUACUUCCUGCCACUCCUCUGUGAACUGCAUGACUAAGAGCAGUUCACAGACAGAUUGUCGACAGAUUGUCCUACCUGAGCUCUGAAGCUCCUCCAAAGUCACCAUGGUGCUCUUGGCUGCCUCUGAUUAAUGCUUCCUUGCUCGACCGGACAUUUAAUGGACGUCCAUGUCUUGUGUCAUCCUCUCUCCAUCUUCAGAAGAUGGACUAAAGACUCCUCUGUGAGAUGUUCAAAGCUCUGGACGUUACUUUAUAAGCUAACUCACCUAAACUUCUCCAGAACUUCCUCACUGACCUUUCUGCUGGGUUCCUUGGUCUUCAUCUUGCCGUUUCCAGAAAACCUUUGAAAACUUCACAGAAAAUCUGGAUUUAUCCUAAGAUGAAAUUGCACCCAUAUGGAGUCUACUUAUUAUGUAACUUUUAAAUGUAAUUAGUUUCGUUUGACUUUAUUUAGAGGCAUCGUUGUAAAAGGUAUGAAUACAAAUGCUUUACUUUUUAGAAAUUUUAAGGUUUUAAACCCACAAUUCUCCAGUUUCCUUAUAUCUCUACUUUGUGUUGGUUUAUCACAUAAAAUCCCCAGACCAUGCAUUAACUUUUGUGGUUGUAGCAUGAGAAAAUGUAAAAACGUGCAAGGAGUCUGAAUACUUUUGCAAGGUACUAAAGGUGCAUCACUAUCCUGAACAGCCAGCCUGCAGUCUUUCACAGUAGAGACUCGGUGAUGAACUCUGGCUUUUUUCCUAGUGCCUUUGAAAGUUUUUCAACAGGGUUUAACUAUAGAUGUGCACAUGGGCAUCCAGCGAAGCUUUGUUAGAAAGAGACUUAAAUGAUGUGCUGAAAGGGUCAUGCUCUAGGAUUUGAGUUACAGAAAAACAUUUUGGGAAACUUUUGUUUUGCUUUCUUCAACCUAAGGGACUACUUGUUUCCGGAAUGAGCUCGUGCAUUUUUUCUCUUCUCAAUCUCAGAACUGAUACAUGACAAACUGGUGCUAAACAGAAACAAAUGGUGCCAUUUUACCAAGUGAGCUGUCUGUGUGUCUGCCAUACCACUGCCUCGCUGUCUCCCCCUCCCUCUGCAACAUGUUCUUGAUGUGCCUCUGUCUCUGUUCUCUGUGCAUCCUGUUUUGCUCCUCCUUCCCCCCUCUAGAAGUGCACUAUUUAAAUAUCUGGUUGUAUUUAAGGUCAUUACAAGCAAUUUCUUAAUUUAGGAUAGAAAAAUUAGCAAGUUGUUUAAUUUCAUGUUACAGUAGAAGCUCAUUAAUUCACUUUGAGUGACAGCAAUCUACUCCUCAAACUGCUUCUUUAAAUGCACUUAAACACAAGUGAUGUUAAUGGUUGUUCAGUGGAAUGUAUUAAAUAAUAUUUUUCCAUAUAAAUAGAUCAUUUAUAACUAUAUAGAUUGUCUUAGAUUAGCCAUUAAGUGCCUGAGGUAAAUGUGCUUAGAUAAGCUCAACCAAAGGGUUGAUUUGUUUCAAAAUAUUACAUUGCACCCACAUUUAAAAAACAAAGAUUUUAAAAUGUUCUUAUUUUUGAUCAGAUGUGUUUAUUUAAAAGUAAAAGAAAAUCUGAAGUUUAUGUCAUGGUAAUGAUAUUAGAAUAAGUUGACAUGAUUUUGGGAAUAAAUGUUGUGUCAUAUGUGUAAAAUGCCUAAAAACACUAUUGUUGGAAGUGUUUCUAACAUGCAUUCAUAUUCAUUUUCAUUUUGAACUGUCUGUUGUAAGAUUUGUGUGUUUUUUCCCAGUCUGCUUCACAUUCUGUUUAAAUGUGGCGUGUGAUCGGUGAGGAGGUCAGAGUGAUUAGAUUUAAAACCAGUGAGAGUUAAACCAAAACGUAAACACACUAGCAGUCUUAACGCAGAGACACAUAGGGCUACUUCCUCCUUUCAUUGUGAAAUCUACCUGUGUGAUGAAUGAUCCUGAAUUAACAUUGCUGUGAAAAUACCUCAGUGACUCAGGUAAACAAGCAAUUGCCUCAGAGCUGAACACUAACACACACUCAAAUAAUUAUAAAAAAAACAAAAAAAAAACAGGAUGAGUCCAGCUUUGGAGAGACUGCCGCUCGAUAUCUAUGCUUUAACAGCACCUGAUCAAGAACCUCUGCCCCGUUUCUUCUCUCUCUGUGUCUCCCCUUGUUUUUCUCCCCCUUCUAGCCACUCUCAAAGCUUCAUGGAGGACAAUGUGGAACCUAAUUGGCUGAUGCACCAUCGGCAGUCUUCGGGGUGGCAUGGCCAAAUGUC